AUGGCUCGUGUCUGUCUGAUUACUGGAGGCACCCAAGGCAUUGGACGUGAAACUGCCGAAUUGCUGGUCUUGCAAGGAUGGGCAGUUAUCAUUUCUGGACGGAACAUUGCAAAGGGUGAAGAGGCUGUCAGGGCAAUUAAGGCGAAGGGAGGGGAAGCUACGUUCAUCGAAGCGGACGUCUCGGACCAAGAAUCGGUUAAAGCCCUGCACCAGAAAUCACUAACCGUCUAUGGACAUCUUGAUGGAGCAGUCAACGGUGCGGGAAUAUCCACCGACACUCGCAUGAUCGGGGACGCAUCUACUGCCGAGUUUGAGAAGAUGUGGCGCGUCAACGUUCUUGGUGUGUUCUGGUGCAUGCAAGAGCAGAUUCAGAUCAUGAAAGAGCAACAAUCGGGCCAUAUCGUCAAUAUUGCUUCGAUCGCUGGCCUACAUGGUAUCCUCUAUUCCGGCACUUAUGUUGCAACCAAACACGCCGUCGUCGGUAUGACUCGUACUGCAGCGAUUGAGUACGCACAAACAGGUAUCCAGGUGGCAGCUGUUGCACCAGGAGCGAUCAAAACGGAUAUUCUCCGUGAUGCUAUUGCGGCUGGAGCGUAUAGCGAGGAGAGCAUCGCUGCUAUGUUUCCUAUGAAGAAGAUGGGCAAACCGCUAGACAUUGCUCAGGCAAUUUCGUUCCUCCUUCACUCUGAUUUUGCUACCGGAAGCAUCCUCGAGGUUGAUGGUGGAUUGGGAGCUGCUUAA